GGCCGCAUUGAAAGACAUCUCGCACGCCGCCUCGCAAUUUUCCACCGUGACACCGUUCAUCUUCCUCGAGCGUGUGACACAGCAUCGCACGCUGUCCAUUUGGCCAUGUUUCGGCCAGCAUUAACGCGCCAUCACGGCGCCUCUCAGGCGCUCCACGCGGUGCGGAGGGGCUACGCAUCCCAUGGUGCCGCGUCCAAGGCCCGAUUGAAUGUCCCGACCGACUAUGCCAAAACCCCGCUGCUUCACCACUCCUCCAAGUCCGUGCUGGGCAUGCAGGGGCUCUCGGACGAGGCGCGCAAUGGCACCACCUCCCGCAUCAACCUCUACCAGGCCAUCAAUGCCGCCAUGGCCCACGCCCUUCGCACCGACCAGCGAGUCCUGGUCUUCGGCGAGGACGUGGCGUUUGGCGGCGUGUUUCGCGCUUCCAUGGGCCUCCAGACCGAGUUUGGCGACGACCGCGUCUUCAACACGCCGCUGAGCGAGCAGGGCCUCGUGGGCUUUGCCAUUGGCGCAGCGUUGGAGGGCAUGCGGCCCAUCGCAGAGGUGCAAUUUGCCGAUUACGUCUUUCCCGCAUACGAUCAGAUUGUGAACGAAGCGGCCAAGAUUCGCUACCGGUACGGUGCCAACGCCGACGUCUACAAUGCUGGUGGCCUAGUGCUCCGAAUGCCGGCCGGCGGUGUGGGACACGGCGCCCUCUACCAUACGCAGUCCCCGGAGUCUCUCUUCACCCACGUGCCUGGCAUGCGGGUCAUUGUCCCUCGCUCGCCCUCCCAAGCAAAAGGCCUUUUACUCGCUUCCGUGCAAAGCCCCGAUCCCGUCAUUUUCCUCGAGCCCAAGAUUCUCUAUCGCGCGGCCGUGGAAUACGUCCCCUCCGAGGCUUACACCCUGCCACUGGACAAGGCAGAAGUGUUGAAGGAGGGCAACGACGUCACCAUCAUCUCCUACGGCACUCCACUCUACACCUGUCAAAAUGCUCUGACCGCGGCGGAGAAGGACUUUGGAUGCUCCAUCGAGCUCAUUGAUCUCCGUGCAAUCUACCCAUGGGACAGACCGGCCAUCGUAAAGUCGGUCAACAAGACCGGACGCUGCAUCAUCGUGCACGAGAGCAUGAUCAAUGCUGGGGUGGGUGCGGAGAUUGCCGCGACGGUGCAAGACAAGUGUUUCUUACGGCUGGAGGCGCCAGUCACCCGAGUCGCUGGGCUCACCACACAUACCGGUCUGGCUUACGAAAGGCAUAUCAUCCCGGAUGUGGCGAAGGUAUACGAUGCGAUUAAGAGGACUCUCGACUACUGAUGCCAAGCUGCCUCGUGUGCCAGUCUGGUUUCCGAUCCUGCGACUUGCGAUGCAUGGGUAACAAGCCAUAUCAUGGCUUUAGGGCGCUACGGUGUGCUAUGUUGGGCGGAGUCGUGUUUCAUUCGACACAUUGCGAGCAGUCAAGCAAGGUUGGGGCACUGUCGUAUUCGAGCGGGGACGUGCUAGAGAUGUCCGUCGGCCGAGCGGGAUCGGCAUCAUGGAUGUCAGAAUCAAGUAGAUGGCCUGAAUAUCAAUAUCCCUGUCACAUGAGAGG